AUGUCCUUACCAACACAUUUGACAAGUAAUGCUUCACAAUUACCUUUCUUCUGUUCAUCAAAUUCACUAUUAUUCUAUCUUGAUGACCCCAGCACAUUCUCUCAAGUGUUAACACUUUACAAUCCAUACGACUUUGUCGUUCGUUAUAAAGUGUUGUGUACAGCUCCAAAAAAAUAUUCAGUCGCUGAACCACAAGGCGAAAUUCGCGCACAGCAUUCUGUAGAUACAAUCGUACGACUUCUUGAUACAUCAGCAUCAUCAGCAAAUCAGAAUGUCGUACAUAAAAUUCGUGUACAAUUUUUUGAUCGUCGAAAAUCUCAAGAUCUAAUUGGUAAACGAGAUGUAACUUGCUCAAUUCUAUCCUAUAAACCAUUGGAGCAAAGUUUUGAUGAUGAACCUAAUACGGCUGGCGGUACAUCAAGACGAACACGACCGAAUACAAUAACUAAUCCAACACCUCCUAUCAUACAACAAGAAACACGAGAUCCAUUGGUUGUUUUCAUUCUAACAAUUCUUGGUGCCAUAUGUGCAUUCGUUCUCGUACUACCAACAAUACCAGAUAGUGACAAUAGUUUCAAUGCACGCAUACCAUCUUAUUUACAUAUGACCACCAAUUCAAAAGUAAUCGCAAGUUAUAUACUGGGUCUUCUAACAGUUCAACAUUUCUCACAGUUACUUUAUGUUCUUGAUGGUCGUUUUAGUCAACUUCAUACACUCAUUGUUGAUUUGAUUAACAAUGUUUUGUCAACAGAUUUAAUUGAAAAUAAAGAAAAAAUUUUAAAUCUAAAGUGUUUCGUUCUCUCAUGUGCUUGGGAAGUAACACGCUAUGAAGAAUGCCUUCUGCCACUUAUUUAUCGAAUGUCAAAUAUUGAAAAACUUGGUUUAUAUCUUACGAUUUAUGUUAAUGAUAAAUUUAUUGAUGGAAAUGAUUUAAAGAAAAAUGUUAUCAAUCGUUUACCACAAUUAAAUCUAUUUACAUUUGAUAUUCGUUCACUUAUGUUUAUUAAUAAUCAAAUAAAUUUACCAUCAAAAAAAGAUAUUGAGGAGUCAUUUAGAGAUUUUCAAUAUACGAAAAUAAUAUCUUAUGUCGAUUAUUUUCGAGAGAAAAAAACCGGUCAAUGUCAUAUUUUUUCAUAUCCAUCUGAAAUGCCGUAUUAUCAAAAGAUAACAAAUAAUUUUCCAGAUGGAUUAUAUCGAUAUGUUCGUUUUAUAUCAUUAUAUGAUGAAUAUCCUUUUGAACAUGAAUUUUUUAUUAAAAUUUCUCAAUCAAUUCCAUUUAUGGAAAGAUUAUCUUUAAUUAAUCAUCAAUCACAAAUACAUAAACAAUCUUAUAAAUUAAUAAAUCACAAUUUUAAUUCAACAAUUGCUAAAUAUAAUUAUCUUAUUACACUUGAUAUUGAAGAAGUUCAUGAUGAUUAUAUCGAAGAAUUUUUAUUUAAUACAAAAACAUAUUUUCAUAAUAAUAUUGUUAUUUCUAUCAAUUAUAAAUCAUUAGAAAGAGUAACACGUAAUUUUACAAGAGAUGUUACACGAAUCAACUGUGCUAAAAUAAAUGAAAUUUUUUUAUCCGGAGAAAAGCGUUACUUCAAUUCUUUACGAGAUUAUUUUCCUUGUGCAAGAAUACAUUAA